AUGGGUAAGACCGCGGUCUUCGUCAUUUCCACCAUCCAGCGCCUGUCGCUGGCCGAGGCCGACCUGUCCAAGGACCACGUCGCGGUCCUGGUGCUGGCGCACACCCGCGAGCUGGCCUACCAGAUCAAGAUGGAGUAUGACCGCUUCGUCAAGUACUUCCCCUUCAAGGUGGCGGUCUUCUUCGGCGGUGAUGCCAUCCAGAACAACAUCAAGACCCUGAAGGAGGAGAAGCCCACCAUCGUGGUGUCCACCCCGGGCCGCAUGUUUGACCUGGUCAACCGCGGCGAGAUCGACCUCUCCCAGCUGAAGGUCUUCGUCAUCGAUGAGUCUUUUUGCUGA